GUUAUCUCCACCGUGAAGAGUUGGGCCCUACUUUUGUGUUAUCCUUUUUUCCUUUGCUUCCAAACAUAAGGCGACAUGGCUGAACAAGAACAGCCGAAGAAGAAGAGGACUUUUCGCAAAUUCACCUUCCGUGGCGUUGACCUCGAUCAGCUUCUCGACUUAUCUCAUGACCACCUUAUGGAACUGGUUCACUGCCGGGCCAGGCGACGAUUUUCACGGGGACUUAAGAGGAAACCGGUUCACCUCAUGAAGCGGUUGAGAAAAGCGAAGAAAGAGGCUGCUCCAAUGGAGAAACCUGAGGUUGUAAAGACACAUCUAAGGAACAUGAUCAUUCUUCCUGAGAUGAUUGGUAGCAUGGUGGGUGUUUACAACGGAAAAACCUUCAACCAAGUGGAAAUAAAGCCAGAAAUGGUUGGCCAUUAUCUUGGGGAGUUCUCAAUCACAUACAAGCCUGUGAAGCAUGGCCGACCUGGUAUUGGUGCCACUCACUCAUCUCGUUUUAUUCCUCUGAAGUAGUUAACCCACUUCAAUAAAAUGUCAAGCUGUUAAUUUGA